UUGUUGUGGGAGAUGUGUGUGAACAACUUCGCCACAAUGGAAGAUGAGUUUUUCCCCAGGAAGCUGUGGGCAGGCAUAAGCUCUGCCUCCUUUUUUCUUUGCUAUCUUGAGGAGUGAGCUGAGGAGGUGUUCAUGCUCCUCACACCCACCAGAGGCUGGAAGACACAAGCUUAUGGACUCCUCUGGUGAACCGUAUUCUUCGAGCACCCCUCGAACCGCUGGCCUGACGGUCACCAUGAAGGCCUUUCUGAGCCUGAUCACGGCCUUUGUGAUCACCCAGCUGGUGGGGACUUUCCUGUUUGGCUUGUACCUUCAUAUGAAGCUGGACAAGUUGGGAGACGAAAUGAAUUUAGGAGAAGACAUCGUGUUUCUCAGAAAGCUGCAGAAGUGUCAGAAGCCACAAGAUGGGGACGGCCUGACUUUCCUGGAUUGCACAAAGAUUUUAAGAACGUUCCAGGACCUGCGGGAUCUGACCACCAAGGUUCCCCAGGAGGGCACCAUGGCUUUGCAGAAAGGGUCCAAGAGGCCGUCAGCAACCAUUCACCUGGCCGGACAGCAAAGCAACAGCAAAGUUUUACAGUGGAAAAAAGCGACCUACGCUUCCCUGGAUGAUACGUUUUCCUUUGAAGACGGCAGAAUCAAAGUCGCCAAAGCCGGACGGUACUACGUCUACUCCCAGGUGGCCUUUUGCCCGAACCCUUCGCCGCACACCCCCUUCAGUGUUUACCUGUACCUGAACCUCCCUUUUGAGCUAGAUCAGCUGCUCUUGAAAGGGGUGGGUACCCACGGGGGCUCGGUCAACCUGUGCGACCGCCAGUCGAUUCAUCUCGGGAGAGCCGUAGAACUUCAAGCUGGCCACGAACUCUUUGUGAACGUGACAGACUCCUCCAGGGUGAAUUUCGACCACGGAAGCACCUUUUUCGGCAUGUUCGAACUUCCUUAAAAGAUGUUGAGAAACAUGGCUUUGUUGAACAAAGCCGUUGUCCCUUCACUCCCACUCGGCAAUAUUUAUAACCCACUUCCUCUUUGUUUUGUUUUUUCCCUGCCCUGCCGGGUGUUUUAUUUAUUGAUACAUGGCAGUCUAUGAAUCCUCAGACGCACAAUGGAAUUCUCAAACCUUGAUCAGUGGUGUCAGGAGUUCGAUAAUCCUUGGCGAGGGUGGCUGAUACGACCCUACACGAGAACUUGUGUGCAGGCACAUCAAGUUUUAAGGUUGCUUCCUCUAUUGCUUUUUAUUAGCCGAAGGGUCUGUGACAAAUCUAUGGAAGGAUGAAACUCAUGUUUCAAUGGUAUCCGAUGCGUAGUUGUGGCACAACUCUAGUAUAGGUACGUUGUACGUUCGUUUGACUGCAGAAGCUUUGCUCCUAGGUAGGUCCACACAAGAAUGGAAAAGUCUUCUUUUAAAAACCCGGAGACUUCCUGCUGGGUUUGGUGCCUGCUGAAGUCUCAGGGAAUGCUAUUUUUUUGGGGGGGGGGUGUCUCAAGACCGGGAGGAAUAUCCCAAGGGACAGGACAAGACCAUUUGAUUUCCC